AUGGUCAACAGAUACACCAUCCGUAUCAAUAACAACACGGGCAGCACCCAAAACUACAACCUCGUGGCCGACAAGCCCGAGGUGACAGGUACCUCCAGCAGCAACGUUUGGACAAACGUCUACCAGGUUGGUGAGGGCUGUCCCGAUGGAGGUCAGACCGAGUUCGAGAUCUGGAAGACCUACUACGGCAUCGUCGGCUCCUGGAGGGGCAGUCCCAAGGAGGGCACUAAAGUCCAGGUCGCCCAGACAAGGCCAGUGAACCUUGGUACACAGUCAGACGAUGGUAGUCAGAACCCCGGAACGACUCUGAAUGCGGUAGUUAUUUUUGAGCGGUCCAUUUCGUUCGAUAAAAAUCCGGCACCGCAGUCUGCGUUCGUUAAUGCCUUUGAGAUCGAUACUGGCAACGACUUUACCCUCCAGACUGCCACCGAGAAUAACUUCUUCGUCGGCGUGGCUGGUUCACCCGAUGGCGGUAGCACUGUUCCCAUCGCUACUUUCAGACCUGAGCCUGGAAAUCAGUACCAGAUCAAGCCAUCCAACGCCUUCUAUAUCUCCUUUGGUCAAAGCUUGCCAGUCGGUCAGUUAGUGGAUGUCACUCGGAUGAGAAAUCCGCUGCGCAUUGACUUUGCCAACAGCGGACCCAACAUCACCAUCAACCAUGCGCCAAAUGGCCAGCUUGUUAUUGCUAAGUGA